GUAUCAAGUAUAAUUUAUGUAAAAAUAUUAAUUGAAGAAGGGAAUAAAAAGAGCUAGUAGAUUAUAGUUAAGUUAUCAUAUUAUCAGGUGUCGUAUAUUGAUUGCUUCUGUAUAUAGGUAUAUUUAUCUCAGAGAUAGUCUGAGGUGUGUGUUCGAUUUAAGAAGGGUAUAAGGUAUAUGUUAUAUAUUUAUUUGUACAUACUAUACAGUGAGAUAUAUCAUUUGUGUACAAGUACAUGGAUGAUGGAGAAACGACAACGACCGGCGUGUUAAAGUUUGACAAAUGUUACGUUUUUCAUGUCAUUUUUUUUACUAUAUCAAUAAAUUAUUUAAAUAAAUAAAUAAUUAUAAUGCAUUGGAUAUGAUGCCGAAUACAUCACGCCCACUGUUAACUUCAAACGUUGAACCAGACUGGAACACAUUGAUGGAGGUUCACUAUGAACCAAUAGAAAAGAAUUACGAGUUGUUAGAAGAAAUUGGCAAAGGUCAAUUUGCUGUAGUUAAAAAAUGUCUGGAAUUGAAAACUGGCUCCGUUUAUGCUGCAAAAAUAAUGAGGAAACGACGUGUUGCUAGAGGUGUUGCUGCAGCUGAUAUUGCACGUGAAGCUGGACUUCUUGCACAGCUCAGACAUCCAAACAUUGUGUCUUUACACAAAGUAAUAGACACAGGUAAAACGGUAGUUUUAAUAUUGGAAUUAAUAUCGGAUGGUGAAUUAUUUCACUGGACACCUUCUAGUGAAAAUGAAGCUGCUCAUGUUGUUCGACAAGUAUUAAUGGCGUUAAGGCACUUACAUUCGCAUCAAGUUGCUCACUUGGAUAUAAAACCAGAAAAUAUUCUUCUAUCAACACCACCGCCCAUGCCUAGUAUAAAACUUAUCGAUUUAGGAUUAUCUCAUCGCUUGGUGCCAGGAUCAGAAUUACGUGCAUUGUUUGGGACCCCGGAAUUCGUUGCUCCAGAAAUAGUUAAUUAUGAACCACUAAGCUUAGGAACAGAUUUAUGGGCUGUAGGUGUUCUUACUUACAUACUAUUAAGUGGAGCAUCUCCAUUUCUUGGUGAUAAUAAGCAAGAAACUUAUGCUAACGUGGCAGCAUGUCAAUAUCAGUUUGAUGAUGAAUUUUUUAGUAAUAUAAGUGAACUUGCUAAAGAUUUUAUACGUUCUUUACUGGUUAAAGAUCCAAAAGAGCGUGGAAGUGCAGAUUCGUGCCUUAACCAUCCGUGGAUUCUUUUGGAUUCAGAAACGUCUCAAGAUUACAGUAGAGCUCUAAUUAGCGCGGUGAAACGUGGCUGUAUUCAAACAGUAUGUCAAUUAUUGAAUCAAGGGAUUCAAGUGGAUAUCAAAGAUACGAAACAAGAUACACUUCUACAUAUAGCGUGUGCUACAGGCAACGAAGUUAUGACAACUCUUUUAAUUGACAAUGGGAUAGAAUUAGAUGUUGCUAAUGAAAAAGGACAUACACCAUUACACGUCGCUGCUCGGAAUGGUCAUAUAAAUAUUGUUAGACUUUUAUGUUUAUCUGGUUGCGAUGUAGAUAAAACGAAUCAUGGUAUUCGCGCUGAUGUAACUGCUAUUAAAUAUGGUCAUUUAGAUAUUGCUAAUUUAUUAGAUAAAUUAAGAAAUGGUACUCAACGAGAAAAUUAUAUUAAACAGCUACAAAUAACUCAUAAACCAAUUGAUUGCUUGCACAUACGCAUUUUAGGACAUUGUGCGACCGGAAAAACUUCUUUAAUAAAUUCUUUGAAAGCAGGGAUAUUUAGUUUUGGACUUUUUAGAAGAUCCAAAAGUCAAAAUUAUUCUACUAAGAGAGAACCAAGUAUUGAAUUAGAUGUAACUAGUAAACAUGGCUCACUUAGCUUUGAAUAUAGUGAUAAUGAGUACGAGGGAACAAUUGGAAUCGAAUGGAGUAAAGCUAAUCUUGGAGGUGAAUGCGUUUUCUGGGAAUUGUGUGGUCGUGAAGAUUUUCUAACAUCCUACCAUCAUGUUCUUUCAUUUCAACUAUCUGCAGUACAUCUCAUAACAAUAAGUCUUCGGGAACCACUUACUGUUCAGUUACAGCAAGCGCGAUUUUGGUUGCGUUUUAUUAUGGACAGAAUCCCACCUAAUAAUAUUGGAUUUGCCGGGAAAUUUCUUGAUCUAAAAGUUAUUUUGGUUGGCACGUAUGCUCCAGAGCCACAAGCACCAAAUGUAAAUCGUACAGAUUUUCUUGCUCCGUUAAUACCAUUUUUAAAUGAAUUCAAACCAAUAUUGGGAGAUGAACCAUUGAUGGUAGCUUUGGAUGCAACAAAUUCUUCAAAUCCAGGAGUGAAGUUGUUACGUUCUUAUUUGACUAACGCUCGUGCAGGAUUUCUUGAGAGUACUUUUGUUUGGACGGGUCUUGUUGAGGCCUGGAGAGCUCGCAUGCAAAAUUUGGAAGAUCCUCCAGUAAUGUUAUCGUUCGAUGAGUUACUUGUUGAAGUCAGAAAAAUAAAUCCUCUUGUAUCUUUUGAUCAUUGUCAAUAUUUAGCGCAUCAGUUGCAAAUUUUAGGUGAUUUAAUCAUUCUACAAAGCAAUUUAGUUAUAUUGAAUCCUGAGUGGUUUUGGCGUGACGUCAUUGGUUGGCAAUUAAAUCCUGAACAAAGAAGUCGUCUUGGUCGUACCACUGGUGUCUACACUUUGGAAGACUUUCAAACUCGUUGUCCUUGUCCGGCUAAUCAAGCUUUACGAGUUCUUCAAAUCACAAAUUUUUGCGUGAUGUGUGAUAUCGAUGACGACGAAGUCGAAUAUGAAAUACCAUGCUUAAAUUUUGUCGAACGACUUCGAGGACUUUGGGAGCCAUGGAAAUCGAAUUCAACAUCAUUGCCACAUACUGGACUUCGUCUGCUUCUUGCAGAAGCUUCUCUCUACCAUUUAAUACCUUUAUUUCCACAUCUACAGGUCCAAUUACGGAAAGUUACUCAGUCAUGGGACCCUCAUAAUUCUGACUUAUAUCAAUGGUGGCGAGGAUCAAAAUUAUGCAUUGGCUCAUGCGAGAGUAUUAUCACUUUAGAGGAAGAAGAUCAAGGCUAUAUAGAAAUAAAAGUUCGUGGUCCUCCUGGUUCUGGAUCUCAGUGUUUCGCACUACUCGGUGUUAUUUUUGAUACAAUCGAUGCUACAAUCAAUAUUGUAGCACCCGCAUUAUUGCUCGAACGACACUGGUUGAGUCCCAGUCAACUUCGAAAUUAUGAUGAGGUAAUUCAUUCAUGGGAACCGGCGCCUAUACUAUCUGCAUUAUUAGAGAAAAACUUCGAUGAAGUAAGAUUUAAGAAUCCGUUUAAUGGACGCCAGGAAAGUAUUUGGGAAAUCGUGGGGUGUGGUUCUAAUUUAAUGGAUAAUUGUGUUCCGGGUACAAGGCAGCCAGCAAAAUAUAUUAAACUCGGUAUUCAACGAAAGUUAGCGCAAAUGCUUGAUCCUCCUGACCCACAUGGGAAAGAUUGGUGUUUAUUAGCAGUAAGACUUGGCUUAAGCGAUCGGGUUGCUACUUUAGAUAGCAGUGUAGAGAGCCCAACUUUGAGAUUGCUUGCAUGUACAGGGAUAACAUGUACUGUAGGGUCUCUUAUAAAACAACUCCAAGCUCUUGGCCGAGAUGACGCCGUCCACUUAUUGCUUUCUUACAGUCCUGUGUUUGUAUUAUCAAUGUCAAUUGACUCAGAAACUGGAUCAAAUUUAUCAAGAUGACUGCUGUGAAUAUUUUUAAAAUAUGGUGUAAAAUAAAAAUUUGAUAAGAUUACCCAAUACGGAGAUAAUAGAUCAGGAUUUAUACAUAAUAUAUAUACAAUAAUGUCGAAAAGCUUGCCAGAUAAAAAAUCUCUUAUUAAUUUUAUUUUAGGAAUUCUUUAUUUCCCUAGUAUUUUUGUGUGGGCUUAUCUUUAUAAUAUCCCUGUAAUAUUUGUAUAGAAACUUAAUAA